AUUUUAAAAAUUUAAAUUAGGAUUCUAAUUUCAAAAAAGAAGAAUUUAAACAGAGUUCUUAUUUCUUAAUAUUAUUGUAUACUAUUAUUGUUGAUAUUCAUUUAAACUAUUUAAAAGCUUUUUUUACUAUCGAAUAUUUGUUAACCUUGUUGUUUCACGUUUUGUUUUAAAUCCAGACGGCUUAUGGUUAUUGGAUACUAUGAAUUUAAUUGUUCGGCGAUUUUUUUCUUCAUUACGAGAGAAAUCUGUUUUUAUUUCAAGGUCUAAAGAUGUAUUUGAAAACCUUGCUUUAGAACACUGGUACUACCGCCAUUAUGACUUCACCGAUAAAUCUAUGUUGCUCUUAUGGGUAAACCACAAUUGUGUUGUGAUUGGUCGACAUCAAAACCCUUGGCUUGAAGUAAAUUAUAUUCCAACGAUAGAUACACGAGUUGCAAGAAGACAGAGUGGAGGUGGUGCUGUUUAUCAUGAUAGUGGAAAUUUAAACUUGUCAUUCUUUACACACAAAGAAGAGUAUAACAGAAAAAACAAUUUAAAACUCAUUGUGCAAACUUUAAAAAAUGAAUGGAGUAUUGUUACGGAAAUAAACAAACGAGAGGAUAUUGUCUUCAAUAAUAAGUACAAAAUUUCUGGCACUGCAUCAAGAUUAGGUAGACCAAAUGCAUAUCACCAUUGUACGUUACUGAUCAAUUGUAAUCGAGAAUUUAUGUCAAAAUUAUUAAGCAAACAUGAGAAACAUAUUGAAACUAACGCUACAGUCAGUGUACCAUCGGAUGUUAUGAACUUAAAACAAAUUGACUAUAAAAUAUCAAUCAAUAGACUAAUAACUGCUGUAGGGAUGGAUUAUCUACAGUUAGUAGGAGAUGAAAACACAAUUAACAAUGGAUUUAAUUAUAUCACGCCAAACGAAGAAACAUUUCCUGGAAUAAAUAGCAUUAAAGAAGAAAUGAGUAGUUGGGAAUGGAGGUAUGGCCGAACACCAAAAUUUACUAUCACUGUUAAGUCAAACAAUGGAUCAGCUAUUGUAUCAGUAAAAAAUGGUAAAAUUGAGAAUGUUUCAACAUUGCUAAAUGUAAGUUUAGAAAAAUUUAUUAGUAAACAAUUUAGUGAAAAUAUUGUUAAUGAUAUAAAAACAUGUUUAGAUGUCAUGUAAGUUUAUUAUAUUUGUUACAUGAGAAUUUCUUUUUUGUUAUUUUUAGUUAAUAUAUAGAGUUGUUACCAAAUAAACAAGUUUUUAUUUAUCAA